AUGACCAAGGGUUCGGAUCCUCACCACGGGUCAAAUAAGCGUGGAGCUGCGGGCGAUACUGGUGAAAGUUUUUUACGAGCUGCUCGGGCUGGUGACUUGAAAAAAGUUCUAGACUUGAUAAACUCUGGCGUUUUUAUAAACAGUACAAACCCCACGGGUUUGACAGCUUUGCACUUGGCAGCUAAAGAAGGUCAUAUAGAAGUUGUGAAUGAAUUAAUUCGUAACGGCGCAGAUGUUAAUGCAGUCUCAAAGAAAGGGAACACUUCUCUUCACAUUGCUUCCCUCGCUGGGCAUUUGGAUGUUGUCAAAGCUCUUCUGGAUGCUAAUGCCAACCCCAACUGCCAGUCUGUUGUUGGGUUUACACCUCUCUACAUGGCAGCUCAAGAAAAUCACUUGGAUGUAGUAAUUCUUCUACUUAAUAGAGGCGCCAAUCAGUCGCUUACAACCGAGGAUGGUUUCACACCACUAGCGGUGGCCCUUCAACAAGGUCACGAUAGAGUGGUGGCCACCCUCCUCGAACGCGAUACUCGAUCUCGCGGUGGCUUGCCGGCUCUCCACGUUGCUGCUCGAAAAGAUGACCUCAAUUCAGCCAAUCUCCUGCUGAUGAGUCCUGACGCUAAUGUUAAUCAUCAAUCCCAGCCUGGUUUUACCGCGUUGCACAUAGCUGCGCAUUACGGCUCAGGCAAUGUUGGCAGUCUUCUCAUACAACGCGGCGCAGAUGUUAAUUUUCAAGCCAAGAAUAACAUAACUCCACUUCACGUGGCUGCCAAAUGGGGUCGUAACGGCAUGGUAAAGCUUCUCCUAGACAACGGUGCUCUAGUCGACAGCAGAACUCGGGAUGGCUUGACACCCCUUCAUUGUGCAGCUCGAUCUGGACACAGUGCAGUCUGCACUAUGCUCAUUGAAGCUGGUUGCAAUCCGUCUGCCAAAACACGAGUAAGUGCCAUGCUUUUACAGAUUCCCGCGCUUUAG